ACGAUUGAAAGAGAAAAAAGGAAAUUUCUUUUUCUUCUUACGUUGUUGUUGUGAAGGAGCUAUUGGUGGCCAUGGAAGAGCUGGCCAUGCUCAGGCGGCUCAUCGCUCAGCUUCAAGACUUUUUGCAACUCUACGGCUCUCCUCCUCCUCCCUCCGACCACCACCACCACCACCGCCACAGGUGGUUUGUGCCCCUUAUCAAUGAUACUUCUGCAGAAAAUUACUACAGUCUUGUAAUGGCUGCUGGAAAAUCUGGUAGUUGUAAGUUGUUGGAAUCUUUCGAGUCUCCACCAAGCAAGAGAUCACGAAAGGAUCUGAAUGGAGAGAAGUUACAUUUUAGUGCCGAUACACCUGAGAUGGAGGUUAUGGAACAAGAUAUUUGGAAAGAAUUCCCUGAAGACCUUUUUGAAGCUGUCAUUGCUAGACUUCCCAUUUCAACAUUCUUUCGCUUCCGCUCAGUUUGCCGUAAAUGGAAUUCCUUGAUGGACUCAAAAACUUUCUCUCAACAUUGUGUUGAAAUUCCACUACGCGAUCCCUGGUUCUAUGCUUUUACUCAUGACAAUGUGAACAUUGGAACCAUGUAUUAUGACCCAUCCAUGAGGAAAUGGCACCGUCUUGCGUUUAAACCAGCAAAAAUGAUUGCCGAGCCAGUUGCAUCUGCUGGUGGUCUAGUUGUUUUUCUUGACAUUGGUCAUAGGAAAUUCUCUGUCUGCAAUCCUUUGACACAGUCAAUUAAAGAGUUGCCACCUAGGUCGGUUAAAGUGUGGUCGUGUAUGGCCGUGGGGAUGACUCUGAACAGAAAUUCAACCACUGGAGGCUACAGCGUCAUGUGGGUGGGAGGCGACGGAGAAUGUGAAGUUUAUGAUUCGGUGAAGAAUUCAUGGACUCGACUGGGAACCAUGCCAUUAAACAUUAAGGUGUCACCCUCACAUAACUUUCAGUCACGAGCUGUGUUUGUCGAUGACACACUUUACUUUAUGCGGUCAGACCCAGAAGGGAUUGUGUCCUACAACAUGGAGACUGGGGUAUGCAAACAAUUUAUUAUCCCAGCACCUGUACAUCUGAGUGACCACUCGCUUGCAGAGUAUAAGGGCAGGAUCAUGCUCAUCGGAUUGCUGACAAAAAAUGCUGCCACUUGUGUCUGCAUAUGGGAGCUGCAGAAGAUGACGCUCUUGUGGAAGGAGGUUGACAGAAUGCCAAACAUAUGGUGCUUAGAGUUUUACGGGAAGCACGUUCGAAUGACUUGCUCUGGCAACAAAGGUUUGCUCAUGUUGCACUUGAGAUCGAGACAAAUGAACCGGUUAGUUACAUACAAUGUGAAGAGCGGGGAGUGGCUGACGGUUCCCGCAUGCGUUGCACCACGGGGGAGAAAGCAACCGCGGGUAGCAUGUUGCAUCGCCUUCAACCCCUGUUUGACUGCUACUGCUUGAUUUCCAACCCUUCUCUGUGCUCCUAGCGCUGGCAGCAUUGGGACGUCAAGGAAGGUUUUUCCUGUUAUAUAUCCAUUUUCUGAAUUUGCAACUGGAAUUGUGCUUGGCUACUAACGAGCUUUUGCUGCUAGUUCCUAGGGCGGAUUUUCUUUUUGGUUACAUGGAGCAACAUAAAUGGCCAUUUUCUUCAUUUUCUUCUUUUGUACGAACAUGCGGAUGAAUAACAUUAAGGUUUUAUUU